ACCACUGCAGGGAACAGCGGAAAAACUCAGUUGAAUUUCAAACGAGAAAAGGGGAAGUGUUUAUUUUAACUUCACCGGGUGUUUUUUAAAAUAUUUUUUAAAUUUUCAAAACAAUCAAAUAACAAAAAAAACCAUUUUAAGUUUUCACUUAAAUUACUUUUUAAUGCUUAUCUUUUGUCAAAACAACUUUCUCCUCAAGAAUCUAUUACAUAACUUUGCUGAGGAUAUCAUCAGUACUGGGUACAAACUUGGUUUUAUUUAUAUAAACCACACUCGAAAGUGUCAAAGAUCGUGUCGUGAGAGAAACAAAAGUCAAUCGAAGAGUCUCAAGAUGGACGUUAUAACAGAAGAAGCGGAGAACAAGAAAAAUGAAUUUAUUUCUUUAAGAAGAGAAAAUUCUGUUUUAAAUGAAGUGACAACUUCCACACCGAUUAGAGCAACUGAAGAAAUAAAAAUGAACAAUAAGGAGGAUUCUAGAGGGAACCAUAUGGACAACAUAACCGUGGAGGUAAAAGAAGUUAAAAAGAAUAAGAAAAAUCGUAUUGUCUUAGCGGAAAGUGUUGAAAAGAUUGAAAAAGGUAAGAAAAAGGUUAACGAUUCGUCUAAAAGAGAGAAAAGGGAGAUUAAAAGGACGGAUGAUUUUGAUGGCGAAAGUGCUGAAGAAGUACUUGUGGAUAAAGACGCCAGAAGUUCAACGCUAUUGGAUAAAAACACGAACAGUAAUUCCAUGGUGGAUAUUUCCCAAUCAGAACAAGCAUCUCACCAAUCAAAAAUGAACCGUACAAAAUCGUAUGAUGCUUUGGCGAAUGGCACAAAAUCUUUCGACUAUCGUUAUUUUGUAAUAGCUUCUCCAUCCAUGAGAAGAAAGUUUUCAGAUUCUGUUUCCAACGAAACAACUUUCCAACCUUUAAUGUCAAACUCUGCCUCGUCUUUUCUUUCAACUUCUACUUGUGAUACCGAAACUUCCCUGAGUUCCAUAUCGAAACAAGCAAAACGAUCGCCAAAGUCGAAGGCCGUUUUAGAAGCAAUGAAGCGUAAAUUGCAGAAUGAAAUUUGCAAAAUAGAUAUCGAAAUUUCAAAAAUGGAAGGAGAGAAACUAGUGUUGUUAAACCUGCGAAACAUAAUUAUGGAAUUUAAGGAAAAAGUUACGGCAAUCGAUCGAAAUAAACAAGGGGUAUUAAUGGCGGAAAAAGUAAGAAACGCAUUGGUUGGUAUUGUUGAAAUUAUUCAAAGUGAAGAGCAGGCAUUAGGCGAAAACAUCGUAAUACCCCAUCUAGACGAUGUGAAAAGCGAACUAUCUGAAUUAUCGCGGCUUGGUCGGAGCAUUAUCGAUUACAAAGCCUGUCUCCAUUUAACAUUCGUUGAAAGGUUUUUUGUAGCAGCUGGAAAAAUAUUCGGCAUGGUGGAGUGUAUUCUACUUCUUUAUUACGAAGAUGAAAACGAAGAAUUGGAUAGCUUGAAUGAGUGGAACAGCAAAAACAGUUCAUUGUGUUCUGACGACCAGAAAAUGCAUAGUGUUUCAUCGUUCACUGAAGAACUUAUUCGCAACGAGUGCACCACCGAAUACGGAGGAGACCACUCUUCCUUGACAAGAAACGAAAUAAACAAACCAAAAGAAACGAAAGAGGCUUUGAAGGUUUUUACAAAGCGAAUCAACAAAGCUAAGAAAUCGUACCACUCUGUUGAAAGGUUAUCAUCAGGAAUCCCAAAAAUGAAAACACUGUGUAGAUGUUUUAAAGACAUUUUGAGCACGCUAGGUGAUGGAAUAUUGUUGACUGGAAGAACAGGAACCGCGUUUCAAGAAAUCAAUGAGAACGUUUGUACUUUAACAGAAAUUUUAAAAACUGAAAGACCAGGUCAGCGGGAGCUGGAACAUAGUAAAAUGAUCAUGGCUGAAAUGACAGGAAGAAUUAAAAUAUUAUCAAAGAGUGAUUUAGUGGAUUUGGCUUAAUGAUUGAAAAAACUGUGACAUGCUUAACUCGAGUCUUCUUCCACAUGCAAACGCUAGGAUACCCAUAUACUGCUUUAUUAAUUGGAUCCAUGCUAAAAACACCCUAAUUCUCUCAGUUUUGCACCCCUAGAAAUCUUAAAGGUGCAGAAAUUAAACCUUUUUCCCAUUCUCAUCCCAAAUUUUUGUCGCGUGAUGUCAGAUCCACUAUUAUGUUUUUAAGACAAGAACUCCUGAGAACGAGUUUGCCUUUUUUGCAAAAGUAGUGAAAAAUUUAAAAUGAAGAGUUUAAAAUAUUUUACAUUUAUCUCUGUAUUAUUAAUAUCCGAAUUUUUUCUGUGUGUGCAAGAAAAGAAUAGUGCUACGGGCACACGAAAUUUUAAAUGAUAUAUUUUUAAUCACUUUGUUUGCGACGGGAGAAUUCCCGUGGUAUUUAUUGGACGGACGACCCUGUGGAUUCCACGGGUUAAUAUAGAGAAGAGAUUGUAUUAAC